UGUGGAAUUCCCCUUUUGUUUGCUGGCUGUUCACUUUCACUUUUCCUUACAUCUUUUUCCACCGUUUCGAGAAUGGCGGAGCUACAUAUUCAGGAAAAGCUGGUAAAUCUUUUAAAUCAAGGUAAUAUUCAGCUCAGGAAUCCACCUUACACAACAGAUGACAGCGAGGCAGGACAGCAAUCUCUUCAGAAGCUUGCAGUGAACUAUGCCCCCAUUGUGUGCAUCUCUGUGUCUGAAGUGGCCAGUGCCUUGGAGAGCCUCCGAUCCCAGGCAGUAAAGAGUGGAAUGGGGAACAAGACCUACGGAGAGACAUGUGUGGAACUCUUUCUGCCUAAAGACUUGAAAAAGUAUACCAAGAAGAAUAACUAUUUGGAGACACAACUGGAUGUCCUUGCUCAAGAUAUCAUGGAUAGGAUUACUGAACAAUAUGGACUUAAAUACAUCCAGUUAAUUUUUAAAGGGAAGACACUGACUCCUGAGAAGCGUCUGGAUGAACAGAAUGUGAAGAACAAAAGUAAGAUGAUGGUUCUGCGGGUGAGCGUGCCAGAGAGGAAGAACCAGAUGUUGGCGGUGGAGGAGGAGAAGAAAACGCAGGACCAGAGUGUCCAGAGAACCCAGAGGGGCUUCCAGAUCCUAUCAGAGAGAGAUGGCACCGAUGAUCCAGCCACGACUCCAUUCCUAGAGAUUGCUGAUCAGAAGGGGAACCCCCUGAAAAUACCUCACAGUAAAAAAAAGGCUCUGAUUUUAGCCAUGGGGUUCCAUGAGAAAGGCCGUGCUCUGAUGAAGAGGAAACAGUAUGAAACUGCUCUGGGCCACCUGGUGCAAGCUGACGACCAGUUUGUUAAGUGUGGCUCCAAGCUCUUGAACACAGUGGACAACUAUGCAGUACUGCAGCUGGACAUCGUGUGGUGCUACCGAGCCUUGGAGGCCCUGUCCUAUCUGGAUGAUGGCAAGCGGAGGCUGCAGAUUGCCGAGGACUGCUUUCACAAUUGCUACGGAGACCAGCAGCAGAGGCUCAUGAAGAUCAAGGGAAACACCAGAGGAGAGGAGGUGCUGUUCCUCAGGCUGUACCUCCUGCAGAGCAUACUGGCGCACAUGGUUGGUAACGAGCGCCAGGCCACACAGAAGCUUAAGCAGGCUGAGGAUCUGUAUGAGCGUCUGUGUCUGGACCCAGGGGAGAUAAAAGCGCUGAAGGAUCUGGGGUUCUCUGAGCAGGAAGCCCGUCUGGGUCUGAGGGCCUGCCAUGGCAACGUAGGCGAGGCCACGCUGCACAUCACCCAUAGGAGACAGGAGAGGGAGGAGAUGAAACAGAAGGAGAGUGAGAAGAGGAGGAUGUGUGUGGAGGGCCUGGCUACCCUCAGAGCGCUGGGUUACUCCAAGAAAGACGCUGCCUGGGCCCUCCUUCAGACAGAAGGAGACGUGGACGGAGCCUACAGGAUGCUUCUAGAUUCUGCUGCUAUAACCAACAACACAGAGCUCCCCAUAAGUCAAUCCAAGGUUGAGCAGCUGACAUAUCCAGGUUUUGAGCCGGAGGGGGCCACCCAGCUGCUGCAGGACAACCAGGUGGUCCUGCCCCCAGAACUGCUGUCCCCCUCUCCCGCCUCCUCACUGUCCGAGGAGCCCAGCACCACCUCUGAGUCCGCAGGUUCUGGGAGCCAAGGGGAGGCCCCUACGGACGUCGACCUGGUGAAUGAGGUGCUGGAGGACAUCCCUAUACACGAAGAGGACUACCUGGACCUGACCCUGGAGGAGGAGAGCGAGGUCAUAGACAAGAUGAAGUCAUACCUCUACAAGAAAUGUGCCUCCUCCAGCUAAAGUACUGUCCAGCCAGCAGCCAUUUUGAAAG